UCCAUUGGACAAUUGACUCUCAAAUGUUUGGGGUGAUCGUGAUUUUGCAUUGUGUGCAUGCAUGCCCCGUUUUUGCUUCUGCCUCUAACUGUUACGUUAGCAAUAGCAAGGCUCGGAGAAGCAGAGUUCCAAUAUUACCCUUCUUUGAUUCUGAGUAAGCGAAUUCAGUUGCCUCCAUUUCAGGAACGAAUCAACAAAGCGUAAGCGUAGAACACAGUUCAUCGCGUCUCAAAUCUCAACGCCAUUCUCUCUCUCUCUCUCGAAUCUUCAUUCCUCGUUUCAUCCAUUUCCAUUCCAUCAUUCUUCUGUUUCCGCUUUGGUCCGCAGCUACACGAUGCGGCGUCGUUUUUUCAUUCGAUUAUCAAAAUGCUUACCGCAUUAACUUUCAGGGAUUCACCCGUGGAUUGCGUUCUAUCUCUCUACGAUGUAGCCACUCACAACAGUUUUCAAUCUUAGACUGUGGUGAUGGAGAGGUUUAUCCCUGGAUUCGCGUUGCCUAUGCUCCUUCUAAUAGCAUCUAUGCUUAACUGGAGUUUGAUAUCUUUGCUUGAUUUGAUGGCAUUCCUUUACAUACAGUACACUGCUUCUAGAAAGGGAUUUCGCGUCCAACAAUCUUUAAUAUCGUGGUCUGUGCUAAUAUUAUCCUCUCUGACAGUACUCUCACAUGCUGUAUUUCAUAUUGUUUUGGCCGUUGAAGGGCAUCGGUGGAAUAUUGCUGAUGCUCAGUGGGCUCAGCUAAUUGGAUUUGUAAGAGUGCAGUCUUGGAGGACUUUGCCGAGAGAGUACUUUUUGGUGACACAAGUAUUAGCAACCUUUCUUUCUAUAAUUGAAAUCUAUGGAAAUGGUUUUGGUCACGAUGCAUGGAGAGAUUUUCAUUCUGGGCAUCUAUGUUCUUCUGUUCUGCUGAUAGGAUCUCAUCUCAAGGGUCUGUGCUGCUUAUUGUUGCCUGCUGUACAAUUAAUUGUUGGGAUUAGUCAUGUAUCGUGGGUUUCUUUGCCUUUUUUCAUUUGUAGCUGUAUAGGACUUGUUGAUUGGUCAUGGACCAGCUAUUAUUUAGGUAUCUUUCGGUGGUGGAGAUAUCUUUUAUUCUAUGCUGGCUUAAAUAUCAUUUUGUUGUACAUAUAUCAACUUCCAAUUGAAUUCCCCGAGACCUUUAGGUGGAUUUUUUACCACUUUGGGCUGUUCAAACUUUCUACAAAGUCAGAAUGGUUAGAAGUCUGUUCUGGUCUUUCACUUCUACUUUUCUACAUUAUGCUAUCUUGGAUCAGAAGUGAGCUAGCUGAAAUGGAAAUCAUCACAUCAACUAGAGAAAGUGACUUGACCGAGCAGCUUCUUCCCAAAAACCAUUCUCAUUUUGUUCAAGAAUCUAGGUCUGAUCUGAGGCAUAUUAAUUUCUUCUUGCGAGGAGCAGUUUCUCAAUCAUUUAGUAUUAACUUUUUAGCAUAUGGUUUUCCGAUUUCCUUGCUGGCUCUAUCAUUAUGGAGUUUUCAUUUUGCAAGUUUGUGCUCAUUUGGAUUUCUUGCUUAUGUGGGGUACAUCUUGUAUGCCUUCCCUUCCAUGUUUCGGUUACACCACUUAAAUGGCAUGCUCCUUGUUUUCAUUCUGUUUUGGGCAGCUAGCACAUAUAUCUUCAAUGUAUUGUUUACUUUCUCCAAUAACAAAUCAUGGAAGGAUAUGGAGAUAUGGGAAACUAUUGGCUUGUGGCAUUACCCUAUCCCAGGAUACUAUUUGCUUGCUCAAUUUGGUCUUGGUUUUCUUGUUGCUAUGUGUAAUCUCGUGAACAGUUCGGUAUUAUUGUGCGUCACCGACCAGGGACAGUUAACAGCUGAUGAAUCUGUCAUGGAAGAGGAAGAAGGGACAACAUUAUUAGUUGUGGCUACAAUAGCAUGGGGACUACGCAAGUGCUCAGAUGUUGUAGUGCUGAUAUUGAUAUUUCUUAUUGCAAUAAGAUCUGGUCUCAUUCAUGCUGUUUAUAUGAUUUUCUUUAUAAUUUAUCUUUUAAGCAAUGCAUUCAAUUGUAAAUUACGCCAAGCUAUUAUCCUUCUAUGUGAGGCACAGUUUGCACUUCAAUUCAUUCUUCAACUUGAUUUGAUAUCCAAAACUUUGGAUCAGGAGGGAUCAUAUGCUUUUCAGAUUCUGUCACAAUUAGGCCUGCUUAAUCAUAUCCAUUCAGUGGAUUUUUUCAAAAUAUCGAUUCUUGCCUGCUUCUGUGCAAUUCACAAUCAUGGGCUGCAAACACUCCUUUCAUUUUCAGCUAUUGUACGGCAAACAUCUUGCCCUCCAGUUGGCUUUAACAUCUUGAGAGUUUGCUUGAUCAAACCUGUUCGUUUAUUAGGUUAUAGUCCAAGAUCUAGCGAGAGCCAGGGAACUCAUGAGAGGAAGACUAUAUCAUAUUUGGAGGUGAUAAGACAGAAUUUCCUUUCUGUUUAUCGAUUAUGUGGCAAAUACAUUGCCUUCCUAACAAUUCUCUUCAGUGUAUACCUUUGCACGCCCAACUAUGCUUCGUUUGGUUACUUAUUCUUUCUUCUACUGUGGAUAAGUGGAAGACAACUUGCAGGGAAAACAAAAAAGCAUCUUUGGUAUCCUAUGAAAGUGUAUGCUAUCGUGGUGUUUAUCUCCAUUUACAGCGUUGGUGUAUUUUCCAGCUUUGAGAUGUGGUUUCCCAGGAUCGUUGAUCUUCAAACUGCAAUUGGUUAUAAUCCGGCAGCUUCAAUGUUACAAAACAUUUGGGGGUCUUUGGCUGUAUUGAUAGUGAUGCAGUUAUAUAGCUAUGAAAGGAGGCAGAGCAAAAGAUCUAGAUCAAGUAACUAUGAUGCACCAGAAAUAGGACCUUAUGCUUUUUCCUUACGUCUUUUGGUUCGACAUGCUGAGAAAAUACUAUCUCUUGCCCUAUUUUAUGCAUCCUUAUCACCUAUAAGUGCAUUUGGUUUCCUGUAUCUCCUUGGUCUAAUUAAUUUUUCUAGAUUACCAAAGUUGUCUCAGAUCCCUUCAAAAGUAUUUUUAAUUUAUUCAGGACUUCUUAUAAUGGUUGAAUAUCUUUUCCAGAUGUGGGGAGAUCAGGCUGAGAUGUUCCCUGGUCAAGAGAACUUCCAAUUAUCCUUAUUCAUGGGUUUACAGCUGUAUAAGCCUGGUUUUAAAGGUUUAGAGUCGGGUUUAAGGGGAAAGGUUGUGGUUAUUGUGGCCUGUAUACUUCAAUACAAUGUCUUUAAUUGGUUGGAGAAAAGGCAUGUUUAUGGAAAUGGAGGAAAAUGGAAUGAGCCUUGUCCUCUGUUUAAUCUAAUAGAAGUUUCUAAUGAAACUGCUUCCUGUACCCCACAAAGCAAACAAUGGGAAAAUUCCACUUCACCAACAUUUAAAAGAGGUGGAAGAAGUUUUUCAUGGCCAACUGUUAAUUCUGCAUUAUCCCUAGGGCCAGAUUCAGGGCUCGAAAGAGACAGUGCCAAAAAUUUUCGAUACUUUCGUUUUUGGGAGAGUUCCAAGGAUAGCUUAAAGUGGAAUAGAAAGCGGAUUCUUUUCUUGAGAAAAGAAAGGAUGGAGAUGCAGAAGACUGUUUUAAAAGUAUCUUUGAAGUUCUGGAUAGAGAAUAUGUUCAAUUUAUUUGGUCUUGAAAUAAACAUGAUUGCUUUGCUUCUUGCCAGUUUUGCUGUGUUGAAUGCCAUCUCCUUGCUCUAUAUAGCAUCACUUGCUGCUUGUGUUCUUCUUCAUCGGCUACUCAUUAAAAAACUAUGGCCUGUUUUUGUUUUUUUAUUUGCUUCCAUCAUCGUUAUUGAAUACUUGGCUACAUGGAUGCGCUUCACUUUUACCAACCAACAAAUUGAAGAACAAGUACCAUGCCAUGACUGUUGGAGAGUAUCAGAUAUAUAUUUUAGCUACUGCAAAAAAUGUUGGCUAGGAAUUAUUGUUGAUGAUCCUCGCAUGCUUAUUUGGUAUUAUGGGGUUUUCAUGUUUUCAUGUUUCAAAUUCCGUGCUGACCAUUCGUCCUGUCUCACUGGAUUAGAGAUGUAUCGAAAAAUACUCUCUCAAUGGAAAUCUGCUUCUGUACUAAGUGAUCUUUCAUUUGAAACAAAAGGAUACUGGACAUUUCUCGACCACCUAAGGCUUUAUGGUUACUGUCACUUGCUAGAUUUUGUUCUUUCAUUGAUUUUGAUUACAGGAACCCUUGAAUAUGAUAUUCUUCAUCUUGGUUAUCUUGGUUUUGCUCUGCUUUUCUUCCGGAUGAGGCUAAAAAUAUUGAAGCAGGGAAAUAAAAUUUUUAGAUUCUUGAGGAUGUACAAUUUUGUCGUUAUUGUCAUGUCUCUUGCAUAUCAAUCUCCUUUUGUUGGAGACCAUAGUGAUAUCAAACAUGGUUCUAUAGAAUCCAUUAACGAAUUGGUAGGAUUCCACAAGUAUGAUUACGGAUUUCGAAUUACAUCAAGAUCGGCAUUUGUAGAAAUCAUAAUAUUUGUAUUGGUAGCACUGCAGUCAUACAUGUUUUCAUUUCCAGAGUUCGAUUAUGUUCCAAAAUAUCUCGAGAAAGAGCAGAUUGGUGCUAUACUUAGACAACAAGAGAAGAAAGCCGCUUGGAAGACAGCUCAGUUGCGGCACAUACGUAAAGCUGCAGAGUUAAAGCAUCUUCGAAGCUUGCAGGUAGAAAAGAUGAAAUCAGAGAUGCUAAACCUUCAAAACCAGCUUUAUAAUAUGAGCAGUGAAGCAAAUUGUAGCAAUGCUUCUCUCGAAAUUCAUGGCAUAAGAGAGAGAGAAAACUCUUCCCUAGAUUUUCAUGAGGAAACUGGAUUCAGGAAGCAAGAUCUUGAUAUAACUUCUGAGUCAAUAGGCCCAAUUGAUGGGAAUCAAUGUCUAUUGAGUGAAAAACCUAAAAGUCCGGUGAGACCACAAUAUGGGAAGCAUCCAAGGGAUUCUACGGAUGAAAUUGUUGAGGUAAAGGAAAGAACUAAAAACAAUGAUAUUUUAGGAAUAAGUGAUCGUUGUAAACUUCCAGUUAGGAAAAAUGCUUUAGUUUCAGCUAUACACUUCAUUGGGAAAGGAGUAUCCCAGGUGCAGUCGCUUGGAAAUAUGGCAGUUAACAACCUAAUGAAUUAUCUGAAGAUAGAACAUGGAGAACUAGAAUCAACUGAAGAUUCUUCAGAGGAUGAGGUGUACUAUGAUAUUGAAAUUGAGAAUCAGAAUAUGGGUGCUGAACCUCUGGAACCUACAAUUUCCACACACACUAUUCAUGAGCAUACUUUGCCUGACACUGCUUGCCUCCAAAUUGGAAUUAUUUUACAUUACAUGUGGUCCCGAAUGAGGUCGAAUAAUGAUGUUGUUUGCUAUUGCUGCUUUAUUCUAAUAUAUCUAUGGAACUUCAGUUUGCUUUCUGUGGUCUAUCUAGCGGUGCUCUUCCUAUAUGCUCUCUGUCAAAAUACUGGUCCCACUUACAUAUUUUGGGUUAUUAUGUUAAUCUAUACUGAGGUGUGCAUUUUGCUUCAGUAUUUGUAUCAAAUCAUCAUUCAACACACUGAGUUCGAAUUCCAUGUGAACUUGCUUCAAAAAUUAGGAUUUCCUGCAAAGGAAAUAACAUCAUCUUUUGUGACAAGCAACUUACCAUUUUUCCUGGUAUACAUAUUCACUCUCGUGCAAACCUCCAUAACUGUGAAGGAUGGGGGUUGGACAAUUACUGCAGAUCUCUGCUUUUGCAAGAGAAGAAAUCAGAGCUACACAGAGGAUGUAAAGUGCUUCACCUACCAAGAGAGAUUACUGAAAUUAUUUAUACCACUGAAAAAUAUACUGAAACGGUUGAUCAGAAGCCUCUGUAGGUACUGGAAAUCAUUGACAUGCGAUACAGAAACCCCCCCUUACUUUGUUCAGCUGUCUAUGGAAGUUAACUCAUGGCCAGAGGAGGGAAUUCAGCCAAAGAAAAUUGAAUCAAGAAUAAAUAAGUUGCUGUAUAUCUUGCAUAAGAGGAGAUGCAAAGAGGAGAACCUUUUUAAGUUGCACUCAGCAAGUAGGGUUCAUGUACAGAGCAUUGAAAAAGGUGAAGAAAAUGAAAACUUGUGUCUUGUUGUUUUUGAGGUGUUAUAUGCUUCACCUCCAAUUGAAUUUGCUGCUGAAGAAUGGUACAGUUCCUUAACUCCAGCAGGAGAUGUAUCCAAUGAGAUUCGAAAAGCUCAAGAUGAUGUUAUGAAAGCUAACGGUAAAUUUCUUGAAGUCUAUCAGCUUGAAGAUCAGUUCCCAGAAGAUUUUGUAUUAGUUCUCAUGGUUGUCUUUUUCUUGAUCGUGCUUGAUCGAGUUAUAUACCUCUGCUCAUUUGCAAUAGGAAAAGUUAUUUUCUAUUUAUUCAACCUUGUUCUCUUUACAUAUUCAAUCACAAAACAUGCCUGGGACAUGGAUCCUUUGCACAGAUAUUCUGGAAGACUAGCACUCCGUGCCAUUUAUCUCACAAAAGCAAUUUCUCUGGUUUUGCAAGCCAUGCAACUUCAUUUUGGGAUUCCACAUAAGAGCACUUUGUAUAGGCAGUUUUUGACCAGUAGUGUUUCUCGAAUUAAUGUUUUGGGUUUUCGUCUAUAUCGCGCUAUACCGUUCCUUUAUGAGUUGAGAUGUGUGCUAGAUUGGUCUUGCACAACAACAUCUUUGACCAUGUAUGACUGGCUGAAGUUGGAAGAUAUUCAUGCAAGUCUGUUUCUUGUCAAAUGCGAUGUGGAUUUGAAUAGGGCCAGCCACCAACAAGGACAAAAGCAAACAAAAAUGACAAAGUUCUGCAAUGGGAUAUGUUUAUUUUUUGUGUUAAUGUGUGUCAUAUGGGCUCCAAUGCUGAUGUACAGCAGUGGUAACCCAACAAAUAUUGCGAACCCAAUCAAAGAUGCAAGUGCGCGGGUUGAUAUAAAGACACCAAGUGGAAGGUUGACAUUGUUUGAGACUACUUUGUGUGAGAAGAUAUCUUGGGAAAAACUUGAAGCACGCACAACUUUGGAUCCCCAGGGUUAUCUUAGUGCAUACAAUGAGAAAGACAUUCAAUUAAUUUGCUGCCAAUCAGAUGCAAGUAAAUUGUGGCUUGUUCCGCCAAUUGUGCAGGCCAGAUUUAUAAAGUCCCUUAGGUGGAACAUGGACAUUUCUUUCUCCUGGGAAUUUAUCAGAGAUAGGCCUAAAGGAAAGGAAGCAGUGAAGUAUGAAUUAACCCUACAGGAGCAGGAUCUUCCCAAAUCUUCAGAAGUGACUAAAGUUUUCAAUGGUACUUCAAAGAGUUUCGCAGUAUUCAAUAUUUACCCUAGAUAUUUCCGGGUCACAGGCUCCGGAGAUGUGCGGUCCCUUGAACAGUCGGUGGAGCUGGUUAGUGCGGAGAUUGUUCUUAACCGUGGAGAUCCAGAGUGGUGGUCCUUUUAUGAUUUCGACAUCUUAGGUUCCCAUGGAUGUGGGAAGUUCCCAGGACCGAUGGCCAUAAUUGUAUCUGAAGAAACCCCACAGGGCAUUAUCGGUGACACUCUGAGCAAGUUCAGCAUCUGGGGACUGUACAUUACCUUCGUGCUUGCGGUUGGACGUUUUAUCAGAUUACAAUGUUCUGACUUACGUAUGAGAAUUCCUUUUGAGAAUCUUCCUCAUUGUGACAGAUUGAUGGCAAUAUGUGAAGAUAUAUAUGCUGCAAGAGCUGCUGGAGAGCUUGAAGUGGAAGAGGUUUUGUAUGGGACACUUGUUAAAAUCUACCGUUCUCCACACAUGUUGUUAGAGUAUACUCGAGAUGAAUAAAUUCUUGAAAGAGUUGGAAGAUAUUCAGUCACCUGUGUCAUUGCAGAACUAUUGAUAAUUGAACAUAACCCAAUUCUUCCGUUGAAAUCGCGAAGCAAGAAGAGGAAGACCACGUGAAAUUGUAUAGGCUACUCAACUAUAUGAAUCUCGAGUUCAAUCCUAGUGUAUGGAGCCACUCAUAAAUUUCACUGGAGUCAAGGAUUCUGUGUGGUUUAGUGGUUUUUAUUCUGGGCUAUUGCAUGCUCUCUUCAAGAAACAGGUCGAGGUAGCAUACGCACAGAUGGUGAAGGUUAAUGUAAAUUUGAGUGAUUCCUAAGCUACCUUGCAUGUUUGGUGUACGCUAAAUCUGUUAUUUAUCACAAAUUAUAAAUCAAAAUGGAUUAAUUCACUAUGAAAAAUGUUAUCCACAUUUUUUUUAUUUUUUGUUUUUAAAUUAGGAUGUUCCCUAAAAGUUAUUCCCUCAAUCUUCAAAGUAAACCU